CCCAUUCCUUUUUGCCAUUUCUUCGUGUUGCCAGCCAACACUCCUUAUAAUCCCCUUCUCACAAAACUUCACAUUCCGUUCUAGAAAUUCUCUCUUCUUCAAAACCUACUCUGAAGUUUUCGUCUCUCUCUCUCUCUCACAUCCAAUUCCGAUGGAUUUUGCAGGCAAGAUUCUCAGAAGAUCAGUUCAUGGUUUCCUUCUGAACUAUCACUAUUUCACCUCUGUUUCUGCUUUCCUCGCUCUUCCGUUUUCUGCUUCCAUUCUCCUCUCUCAAGCUUUUGUCCCUUCCUCUUCAUCGCUCUUUCCCCAAAUCUCCAAUCGCUUGCAGACUCUGUUCGAUGCUGCGGGAUUCCCUUCUUCUUCUUCUUCAAAAAUAUUUACCCUUUUUGGCCACAAGGCUUCAGAAACCAUCGCUUCCAUAAUAUUCAUCCUUCCCUUUACCCUCAGCUUCCUCAUCAUCGCUAAAGCUUCCAUUUUUGAGGCUCUGAAACAACCCCACAGGCCAGCUUCCUCUGCUUCUUCUUUUACUUCCAUGAUAUUUCUGUACAAGCCACUCCUAAAAACCUGCAUUAGCAACUCAUUGUUGGUUAUUUCUGCCAUUGCAACAUCGUAUUGUCUUAUGUUUUUUGCCUUUGGUGUCGUCGAAGGACUGGACGACACUUCCCCUGAUACCCUGUUCUUGGUUACAACAUGUGGGGCGGUUAUCUUCUCUGUUCUUUUAGCCAAUGCACUCGUCAUCAGCAGUAUGGCGAUGGCUGUGUCUGGUAUGGAAGGACGUGGAGGGUAUUUAGCGAUUCUUAAGGCUUGUGUUCUUUUAAGGGGAAGAACAUCAAUGGCUUUGCUCUUGGCUCUGCCCAUGAACAUGGCUCUGGCCGUCAUUGAAGCCUUGUUUCACUUUCGGGUCGUGAGAGCGUAUCGUGUUGGUGGACGAGCAGAACCUUCGAUGGCUUUAGAGGCUAUCUUCAUUGCUUACUUGUACUCAAUCUUCAUCGUCCUUGAUACUAUUGUGGCCUCCAUGUUCUACAGAAUUUGUAAGACGAGGUCACGGAUUAAUGAUGAAGAUGGAAAAUUAUUGGUCAGGAUUGAGAUCUCAGGGGAGGACAAUUAUGAGUUCGAGAAGACCAAGAAUUUCGAAGAAUUGCCUUGAAAUAAGGUUAGGAUCAUUGAACUAGUCAUCGAGGAUGUUCUGUUCUGCUUCUGCAAUCUUCAUGGCUAUGUGAAGGAUAAGAUAGGGAUGAUGAUGAUGAUUUUUUUUUUUUUGUUAUUAUUAUGAAUAUAGUAUUAAAAAAAAGGUAUGUAUAGGAGGUGUUUGGGUGCAAGAUUUAUUUAUGCUGCUGGAAGGAAACGGACGGAGCAGCGUCGUAAGACAUAAAAGAGUUUGGCUAUGUGGAAAAAAACGCAGAAGCCAGAGAUUUAGAGUCACCAUUCUUAUUGAUUUCAUUGUCUUGUUCUU